AUGAUUCCGGUACCGAAUUUCAUAGUCAUUUUCUUGUUUUAUUUACCCUACAUUUUCGCUUUUCUUACGGAACUUUCAGUAGCAAUGGCUGAUGAACCAUCAACAUCUUCAUCAGAUAGUAAUGUCGGCCGUGUGGCCGCAUCACUCACAAUUUUGGUCACUUCAGCAGUGACAAUCUAUUCGGCUUGUCUCCGCUCGUCAACUAUAUAUUUUUAUGAGCUUGAUUCAACAACAGUGAUCUUCAUGGCAAUGCCUUUGGCUGUCGUUUUUCCGUUGCUUUUAUCGUUGGCACUUUUCAUUUCGUAUUUGAGCAAGAAGCCGAAAGAAACUGGUGUACAAACGUGUGAAUCAUCGCCAAAAUUGACACGGCGAUCAACUCGUCGAAUCUCUCAUAUUUCAUCGGAUCUUCGAAGAAUUACAGAAGAAAGAGACGACUAUUCGCCGACGAGAACGACAAGUGAAAAGAACCAAUUGGAAACCGAGAAACUCGUGGAGAAAUUGGAGAAAGAAAUUGGACCGAUCGAGACGGGAAGCGGUGAGGUGCGGACAAAUGACAUCAUGUCAAAGAAAACGCGAAAAGAUUCGACGACGAUGACAUAUGAGAGGUUGGAGGAUUUGAGUGAGGCAGAGGAGAAGAAAGACAAGAUAGAUUUUACAUUGGAUCCGGCCACUGAAGUUGACGAUUUGGCAGAGAGGAAAACGGCUGUGCAAAGCGAUUUCGAUGACUCGUCAACGGCUCUGAACUCGCGACGAUCAAGCUUUGCUAGCAAAAUGCAGAAAGAUCUAAAUAAAUCCCGGAAGAUUAGCCUUCUUCAAAAAGAAACGUCGGCAAUUGAAGUGAGGAAAGAUUUAUGUGAAUUGCUGAAAGAAGUCGAACAGACGAAUAUCUGGACCUACGCUCUUGGGGGUUUCGAUUUGAAGAUAAUACCGCAUCGAAAAAUCACUCAAUUCAAGCCGAAACAUUCAAUCCUCAGCCUAAUCAUCGAAAUCUUGGCCACUCACGUGCCAAUUUGGCUUUGCGUUGGUGCUUUCUACGUGAUCACUCUCGAAUUUCUUCGUUUAAAUUUCGCCUAUUAUUUCUAUUUCCACGAGGACAUCAUGGAAUUCUCGGCUUUAUUCUUGGCGUUGAGUAUCGGUGCAAUUCACGAGUUCAAGAGUCAUUGGAUCACAAAUGAUAUUCUAGCUUUGUGCAGUAUUUAUGUGGUUGUCAGUCGGUUACAGCCGAUCUCAUUUCAUUCAGCCACCGCUCUCAUUGUCGGUUUUUUCGCCUUUGAUCUUUUUUGGCUUUAUAUCAUCGAUUUAUUGUCCACUGUCAUUAAGGAAUCCAAAGCUCCAGUGAUGUUGAUUGUGCCUCGGGAUAACCUUGGAAAUAAACAAUCUCUAGCCACACUUGAUGUCAUGGUUCCAGGUGUCUUCCUGAAUCUCGUUCUCAAAUACAGCUCAAUGUACGACAAGAGACUCUUCAAUUUUGAUUUUGUCGCUUUAUUUGGAAGUCUAUUGAUCACCACUUUCUUGGCAAUAUGGAGAAAAAAAGUCACCCCAGCAAUGGUUCUUCCGGCCAUCGCCCUCAUUGCGGCGAGUUUAUUGCUCACCAAUUCACCGAUGAAAUUAUGGAAAUUCAUGAUCAAGCAU